CGUGAUACUACCAAGUUCCAAAAUGGCUGCGCCCAUGGACAGCAUUGCUUUUUGCAAGAUUGUUAACGAACCUAGUUUUGUUUCCGUCAAACCAGGUUUUAAUGAAAGUUCUAUUAUUGUUUCGAGCAAGGGAAAGUCUUGUGAUGUUUAUGCGUUAGCUGAUCAGAAACUUGUGAAGAGUUGGUCGCUCAGACAUGGCAUUAAAAUUUCCAGUCCUGUCCUUUGGGAUUCACAGAAAGAAAAAUUCUUCUGUGUCUCCAAUAACCAAGAUGUUCACACUUGGAAUAAAGACACACCAGACUUUGAUAAGUCAAAGAAAAGACAUUCAUCCACACAAAUACACGAGCUGAUGCUAACCGGUGAAAAUGAGCCUGUGAUACUCUACUGCAAUGGUGUUGUGGACUUUGUGACAAACAUAAAAACAGACCACAGUGAUGGACCAUUAAAGCCUUUAGAACAGAUUCUGUGGUCACAGGUUGCAAGUCUGGAUUCCAGGCUGGUUGUGCUGUUUGUUGCAAAUUGUGAGGCUGGUUACAAGCUUUACAGAGUAUGUUAUGAACAUGACAGUUGGCAAUCAGUUUGUUCUGAUAUUCCAAAACCUACUGAAGAGUCAUCCCUGAUAUCUGUGGACAGUUAUACAACAGACACCUUUGUAACAGCAACUUUUCUAUGGUUGAAUGGUAAGUUGACACAGACCACAGUGCAAGGAGAUACAGUCAGACACACCAGCCUGUCCCACACAAUCCGUGGUUGCGAAGGAGAUAGUGUUGCUAUGGUGGGGCUGGAUGAAAUACAUGUGGCUUUUGCUGGCAUAACCAGAGGCAGUGAAAGUGGUAUUUGCAUCUAUGAUACAAAGUUUGGGCUACAGAAGUCAUGGCAACCAUUUGUAGAGAAACCGCAGUGCAAACAAAAGAUGGUGCGUGUUGGUGAUCGGCUGUUUGUCCCGUGUGGUACGACGUUGUACAGCUACCAGUAUGAGGUCCAGCCCUCUACCCUGUCCAGCCUCCUGGGGCAGAGCAACCUAGUGGAGCAGGAAGGCGGGGCACAGGUACCUGGGCACUACCACUGGAACCCUUAUAAAAAGUCAAAACUUGAAGUAGAAAGUCCAGACCAGUUGGUGGAAGUGUAUUAUUCUGUCAUUAAUAAAGCAUCUAAAUACCCAGAAUUCAGUUCCAAAUUUUUAACACUCCUGGGUCAUCUCAAACAAGGUAGGAACCAGCACUGGAUAAUGAGUGGUCACAUGACCAGUCUGGUGCGGAGGAUUCUGGGAGAGAGGAAGUUCUGGGCCAAACAUGAACUGGAGCAGUUGAUCUCAAAUGGCUUUAUUCCUGUUGGUGUGCUUGGGGAGCUGAUAAGCCGACUGGCUGAGAGGUCUGAGGUGGAGCUGGUCUUCAUGGCACUUGGUCACCUCGGAAACAUACCAGAGAAAUGUCUGUGUCAGGCGUUGUCUUUCUUCUUACAAUGCGAUUUGAGUGGUUCGACAAAUGGUGAAGAUGAAUCACCUGAUGAUGAAGGUGAUGUUGAACAUGAUGAAGACAUGGAGGAGGGGGAAGGUGAGAGCAAGCAGGAUGAUAUGGACACAGAGGCACACACAGUCAAUGGAGAGGACCAAACCAAUGGUGAUGAAGGCGAUGAUGACAAACAUGCGCAUGGGGCAGACAAGGGUGGUCAGAAGAAAGGAAAUCGUAAUAGAAAAGUUAUGGAAAAAGCAAGAGCAAGAUUAGUUAAUAAAGUUCUGAGUAUGUCAUAUAGUGAUGUCUUCCUACUAGAAUGCCUCAGGAAAAUAAGUUUUAAAGAUGCAUUGAUGUUAUUGAAGUACCUGUGUUAUUUACUGGAAACAAUGCCAGUCUCUCAGGAGAAGAAUCCAGAAUAUUUCAACCUAACUGCUAGUCAG